AUGUCAUCUCCGAUGUCGAGUUCGUCAAGUGGUCACUCGUCGUCACUAUUUUUAUCUCCGAACCGAGUCUACAGUCUUUCAGAGCUGUUGUCAUCGGUUCCCAAAUCAAUAUUAUCUGCGCCGACGUUUGAUCCGAUCCGAUAUCGGACAGAAAUUUGCAAAAAUUUCAUGGAGUUAGGGGUUUGUCGGUUCAAUGACCGCUGUUUUUAUGCCCAUUCGGAUCAAGACCUGAGGCCAAUAACAUAUAAGCAUAAGAAAUAUAAGACCCAAUUGUGUCGACCAUUUCAUACAAAAGGUUUGUGCGAUUUCGGCCCCCGAUGUGCUUAUAUACACACUAAACCAGACAUCAACGCCAUUAUCAAUCAACUCAAUCGUUUUGCUGAAUCGACCCGAAGUUUGCCACCGAUUGCCACUUCAACAGCAGAGAUGAGACAAUUUGGCGCCGAAACUAGUCUUGGAAGUGAUAUAACCAAUGAUGGCUUCAAUUUUAAUUAA